UACUCGUUACUUGAAAAAAGUAAUCAGAUUACAGUAAUGCAUUACUGCCCAUCUCUGGUGACAGAUACUGAUAUUUUCUAAACAUCAGUACUAGAAAGUAUUUCACCUGCUAAAGUGCAUAACCAGUUAUUCACUGCUACACCUGUUCUCCAGUCAGCUGCCUCAUCUUUACCAGUUCCAGUAAUUAUAAGGCAUAGAUGGAAAAAAUCUUAUAAAAUCAAACCAAACUCAGUAAUCUAAUUUCUGUGUGACGUAAACCUCUUCCUCUUAAGCCCAUCUCUGCUGCAGUUAUUGCCUUUUUUAAUCUAAUAAAUCAUUCAUGCAUAACAUCACCACUUAGAAAUGAGACAUUGUCUUCUUCCCUGAGACUCAAACCAGGUGACUGUUGUCGCGGGGGAGUAGCAGUGGUUUAUAAGGAUCAUCUGAACUGUGUCCGUUUAAUCCUGGUUCUUUUAACUCCUUUGAAUUAUUAAUCUAUCGACCUCCCAAAUCCUGCAAACAUUCCCUGAAUGAACUCUAAUCUCCUGUCCUCUCAUCUGUUAUGGUUCAUUUUGAUAAAAUCAUCUUGGUAGGUGACUUUAAUUUACAUAUGGAUGAUGCCUCCAACUACUCUGCCACAGAAUUUCUUAAAUUGCAAAAGCAUUUAGUUUUGUGCAAUAAUAAAACUCUUUGCACGUCUGAUCAUAAAUGUAAAAUAAAUAAACUGGUCCUGGGUGCUAAAGUCUCUAAAUGCUGUGGGCUCAGCUGCAAACACAGAAACAGUUUCCUGCAGUUUCCAGUCUAACAUUGAACACCAGAAUGAAACAGCUGAUGUGUGAUAUUACAGAUAACAGUAUAAUAUCACCGCAGCCUGUACAGUCAGACUGGAUGAAGGGAAGUCUCUCCCAGCGGAUCAUCUGUGACUCUAUAUCCGCCCGGUCACCGGCAGCCUGCGUGUGUUUACCGCCACCGAAAUCUGCCUCCGUUAGAACCCAACUAUCCCCGGCACUGCCGCUGUUUCACCGGGACUCUGUCCCCACAGGUCUUCGCUGACCGGAGCACCGAGAUCACAUUUCAUCCGAACCGCUUUGGGUCACUUUAGGAGCAGAAAUGUGGAGAAAGUUCGCUGCGAGCUGCUCCGAGAGGCGGUGUGUCAGAGAGGUUUGAAGCCUCCCGAAAUUAACGGAAGAAGUCCCGAAGGACAAAAACAGGAUCAGACGGGAGACCGGAGAGUUUUCUCCCCGCUGCCUCGGCCCGGGGGUUUCAAACGUUUAUCUGGGGCCGGUUUGAGCUCCGAAACGCGGCGAAGAAAACACAAGAAGAGCCGCGAUUGAAGCGGCAGCAGAGCGGAGGGCUGGCUUCACUCUCCAUGGUUCUCAUGUGCUUGAUAAGUCCCGCCUCCUGCGCGAAGCUCAGACAUGCUCAGUACGAAGCUCACGCGCAGACAUGGCAGAAGAAGCUCCCGCAUCUGCACCGGCAAAAGCCCCGGCCAAGGCUCCCAAGAAGAAAUCCGCUCCCCGGGCUAAGAAGGAGGGACCCAGCCUCCCUAAGCUCAUCGUCGCCUCCGUGACAGAGUCGAAGGAGCGCAAGGGCACGUCGCUAGCGGCCAUAAAGAAGUACCUGACCGCCAAAAAUGUGGACGUACCCAAGGCCAACAAGCGUAUCAACACCGCCGUCGCCAAGCUGGUGGAGAAAGGCAUUCUCAGUCAGGUGAAGGGUACCGGGGCUUCCGGUUCCUUCAAGCUUGCUAAGAAAGAACCUAAGGUCGCGAAACCAGCGAAGAAGAAGGCUGCCAAGCCCGCGAAGAAGGCUCCCGCCAAAGCCAAGAAGCCCGCGGUGAAGAAAGUGGCCACCCCGAAGAAGUCUCCGGCCAAGAAGGCUGCGAAGAAAGUGGUGAAGAAGAGCCCGAAGAAGGCUGCUCCCAAGAAGCCCAAGACUGCAGCCAAGAAGCCCAAAUCCCCCGCUAAGAAGGCCGCUCCGAAAAAGCCCAAAGCCGCAAAGAAGCCGGCAAAGAAAACUGCGCCAAAGAAGGCCAAGAAGUAAAAACUCCUCCCGCACUGAGUGCAUCAAAGGCUCUUUUCAGAGCCACCACAGCCUCCGCUACGAGCUCCUCAUUUUGUGUGUGUGUGUGUGUGUGAGAAAGCGAGACUAUGCCACGGAGACGCAGGCUGCACACUCAGCUUUACGCUUCAUGCUCACCUGUGUCUCCACAUGCAGAGUAAGUUAUGGAGACUGAGCUGGUUCAGCCCACUGAAGGGGAAAAUACAUGUUGAAUUGUCAGAACAUUAGAAACAUUCGUAUGAGUUUCAGCCUUACGUCAGUAAAUACAACCGGAUAAUUGACUUGGCAGUGAUUCAUCAACGAUACUUUAAGAUAUGACACCUGAAUUAUUUCCCAGUCAGUGCUGCAAAUAUUUCCAGUUUGUUCUGGUGCUGAUGACGGGAGCUAAUGAGCGCACUGAAGCUGUGGAUGACUUUCUUUUCUUGGUUUAUUAGCUGCUGUUGUUGACGGUGUACGAUAUGGGGAGUACGCUACUGAUUUUUGUUUCAAGUUAAAUUUGAAUUAGCCCCGCCCCGAUCUCAAAGACCUCUGUAGCCUUCACAUCGGCACUGUGCAAUAACCCAUACUGUACAUAUAUGUAACACUACUUAUGUAUUUUUAUUUUUCCAGAUUUGUGUUACAAUCUAAUAUUUUUGAAUACUGUUUAUAUGUGUAAAGUGCUGCUGAAGCUGUGCAGCCCCGCAUCUGUGCAGUAGUAGGCGGCGCUGUCUCAGUGAACAUCUGUGUGGUAACAAUAAAGGCAUUCUGUUC